GGCUGUGUUGCCAAUCUCUGCAGGUCUGGGGCAGCUCUGUGCCUAGGGUGGAAGCCAGGGCUGGGAAUCAUUGUGCUGCCUCACUUCACAGCACUCUGUCCCCAAAGGAGCUGCUCCUAUCACUCAGGCAUCACUAGCCAAUCAUGGCCUCCAGCCGGACUGCCAGUCAGAAUGGGGCGGGCACUUCCAGUCUGCCAUGCUGGGGCUCCCGACUCUGGGUUGAGGGAGCCGCUCGUGUUCCAUGUCCUGCGCUGUGACCGGCUGCUGGGAGCUGCGAGGAGAGCGGGGCGAGCUCGGAAUCGGCCAUGACUUAUGUAUGGCAUAUUUUAGGAUGCAGUGACGUAUAAUGAUGUGCAUGUCGACUUCACUCAGGAGGAGUGGGCAUUGCUGGAUCCUUCACAGAAGAAUCUCUACAACAAUGUGAUGCUGGAGACCUAUAUGAACCUCAGUGCUAUAGGCUACAAUUGGGAAGAUCAUAAAGUUGAAGAGCAUUGUCAAAGUUCUCAAAGACAUGGAAGGCAUGAAAGAAGUUAUACAGGAGACCAAUCUUCUGAAUGGACUCUAUGUGUUAAUGCAUUUGCAUAUCAGAGUCAUCUUCAAAGGUAUGAAAGAAUUCAUACUGAAAAGAAACUCUAUGAAGGUAUUCAUUAUAGUGAAGACUUUGCAUGUCAAAGUAGUCUCCAAAUACAUCAAGGAACAUGUACUAGAGGGAAACCAUAUGAAUGUAAGCAAUGUGGUAAAGCUUUUGCUCGUCCCAGUCAUCUUCAAAUGCAUGAAAGAACACAUACUGGAGAGAAACCCUAUGAAUGUAAUCAGUGUGGUAAAGCCUUUGUACAACACAGUCAUCUUCGAAUGCAUGAAAGAAUACAUACUGGAGAGAAACCUUAUGAAUGUAAUCAGUGUGGUAAAGCCUUUGUUUGUCACAGUUCCCUUCAAUUGCAUAAAAGAGGACAUACUGGUGAGAAACCCUAUGAAUGUAAUCAUUGUGGUAAAGCCUUUCCUCGUCUUGGUGAUCUUAAAUUGCAUAAAAGAAUACAUACUGGAGAGAGACCCUAUGAAUGUAAUCAAUGUGGUAAAGCCUUUGUGCAAUACAGUCAUCUUCGAAUGCAUGAAAGAACACAUACUGGAGAGAAACCCUAUGAAUGCAAUCUGUGUGGUAAAGCCUUUCCCCGUUAUAGUCAUCUUCAAAGACAUGAAAGAACACAUACUAGAGAGAAGCCCUAUGAAUGUAAUCAGUGUGGUAAAGCCUUUGGUUGUUACAGUCAUCUUCAAAGACAUGAAAGAACACAUACUGGAGAGAAGCCCUAUGGAUGUAAUCAAUGUGGUAAAGCCUUUGUUUGUCUUGGUGAUCUUCAAUUGCAUAAAAGAACACACACUGGAGAGAAACCCUAUGAAUGUAAUCAUUGUGGUAAAGCCUUUGCACAACACAGUCAUCUUCAAAGGCAUAAAAGAAUACAUACUGGAGAGAAGCCCUAUGAAUGUAAUCUGUGUGGUAAAGCCUUUGCAUGUAACAAUGGUCUUCAAAGACAUGAAAGAACACAUACUGGAGAGAGACCCUAUGAAUGUAAUCAAUGUGGGAAAGCCUUUCCUCGUCUUAGUACUCUUAAAUUGCAUAAAAUAACACAUACUGGAGAGAAACCCUAUGAAUGUAAUCAAUGUGGUAAAACCUUUGCCCAUCACAGUUAUCGUCAAAAACAUGAAAGAAGACAUACUGGGGAUAAAACCUAUGAAUGCAAUGAGUGUGGUAAAGCCUUUGCUUGUCACAACCAUCUUCAAAGACAUGGAAGAAUGCAUGCAGCAGAGAAGCCCUAUGGAUGUAAUCAAUGUGGUAAAGCCUUUGCUUGUCUUGGUGAUCUUCAUUUGCAUGAAAGAACACAUAAUAGAGAGAAACCCUAUGAAUGUAAUCAGUGUGGUAAAGCCUUUGCAUGUAACAGUGAUCUUCAAAGACAUGAAAGAACACAUACUGGAGAGAAACCCUAUGAAUGCAAUAAGUGUGGUAAAGCCUUUGCAUGUAACAGUCAUCUUCAAAGACAUGGGAGAAUGCAUACUGGAGAGAAGCCCUAUGAAUGUAAUCAGUGUGGUAAAGCCUUUGCUUGUAAUAGUGAUCUUCAAACACAUGAAAGAAUACAUACUGGAGAGAAACCCUAUGAAUGUAAUCAGUGUAGUAAAGCCUUUGCCCGUUACAAUGAUCUUAAAAGACAUGAAAGAACACAUACUGGAGAGAAGCCCUAUGAAUGUAAUCAAUGUGGUAAAGCCUUUCCUCGCCUUAGUAGUCUUCAAUUGCAUAAAAGAACACAUACUGGAGAGAAACCAUAUGAAUGUAAUCAGUGUGGUAAAGCCUAUUCACAACACAGUUAUCUUAAAAUACAUAAAAAAACACAUGCUGGAGAGGAACCCUAUAAGAGUAAUACUAUUAGUGUGGAAUUGGUUUGUUAAAGCCUGUGAAUAUAAUAUUAGACUUUGAGGAUCUGGAAAACUACAUACCAAAGAAAAUCUGAUAAUAAAGGAUUUGGUAAGAUCUUUAGCCAACACACUUACAUUCAAUUACACAAGAUUAUUCUUGAGAAAAAAAUCUCACAGGUGUUAGCAAUCUGUUCAAGCAUUAUAGUGUCCCUCUGUAUUUGGUUUACACCUGCAGACUCACAUGGAAAAACAGCCUAUGAAUUUAAAUGAUAUAGUGACUCUUUUAGAUUUCAUACUUCUCUUCAAUUACAUGAGAUAAUGAAUCCAGGUGUAAUAGUGCCUUUUCUGUUGCUGUGAUAUAACAUGUCAAUGUGAACUUAUGAAAGUGUUUAAUUUGGCCCAUGGUUCCAGAGCAAUACAGGAUCACCAUGAAAGUGACAUAGAAACAAGUGUCAGACAUAGCAGCUAAAGUAGGAAGCUAAGAAUUCACAUCCUUAAUCUGCAGCAUAAAGUGUAAAUGGGAAAUGGUAGGCAGAUAUAAACUCUCAGGACAAUCAAUCCCCAGUGACAUAUUUCUUCCAGCAUGACAGCAUUUCCUAAAUCUUCCCAAAUGAUACCACAGUCUAAGAAUGAUUGAUUUCUCUGACUUUAGGUCUACAUGCUUGCUUUCUGUUACAUGAACCAAUUCAUGAUGGAGAAAAACUCUGUAAGACUUCAGAUGCUUCAAUACCUAUGAUACAGGAAUUAUAAGAGAUAAACAUUCAUGAGUGAAUAUUAGUUUAAAUAUUUGUUUUAAUUUCAAUUAUGCAAUGUCAGUGUCUUUUUGUGGGUAGAUACAUGUGCAUUCUGGUUCUCAAAAAGACUAGACCCUUGGAGCUUUUUAUAGCAGGAAUUACUGGAAGUUGUCAAAAACCUGACCUUAGUCCUGGGAAUGGACUUGUAUUAAGGGCUUGUCCAUGUCUCUAGCCCUGUAAAUAUUCUAAAGCUUUUUUAUAUCAUCUUGAUAUAAGAAAACAGGGAGGAACUCAUACAAAAGAAAAACCCUGUGUACAUAAAUAAUUUGGUAAAAACUUUAGACAUCACAAUUAUCUUCAGGUUCAAGAAAAGAAACUUUUUCAUCAUAGCCUUGAAGUAAGUAAAUUAUUAACAAAGUUCACUAAAGACAUUGUGGUUUCUAUUUUGCAACAUUUGAGGUAGAGAUUAUAUUGUACUCUUUGUGUAGCAAAUUCAUUUAUUGAAGUUUAUUUUGUAGUCCUUAUAUUCCUUCUGUGGCUUUUGUUCAUCUUCUAUUGUGCUUUCAGUUAGUGAGAGAUAUUUUUCUGCUAUAGUGUAUAAAAUGGGAUGACCAUCAUCUAAGUGGUACAUCUUUAUUUAAAUAUUAGGCAGUAUGUGAUCAUAUUUUAAAGCAAGUGUGUCUGUGAAAGGGUGAUGGGUUUCUAUUACUGGUUUUAUUUUUUCAUAUUUUUUUCACAAAUUCCCUUGAAAUGGUUUUUGUUAUCCAGCCCCACUUGGAUGGUAGUAAUUAGUCAAAGAUAAAAUUGAAAUCAUGAUCCUCAUGUGUGAAUCUCCAGAGUACAAGUGUAAGGGUAGAUAAUAUACUCCCAAUGUUUGCUGUUUUGUCAACACAUAUUAAGAAUGUUAAUGUUAAAAUGAUUAAAAAAAUAGAUGAGAAUAUAAGAAACAUUGAAUGUCUCAUGUGUAUCCAAAGUAACAUUUUCAUCUGUGUGGAAGUGAUGUAAUAAAGUAGGAUAAUCAGCAAUCAACUGUAUAUUUCACAAUAUAAGUUGAUGUACUGUGGAUAUGUAUAUAUUAUUUGAAGUACCAUACAUCUUCAUGUCCUCAUCAGUUAUCCAUUUGGCAUAAUGUAUUGAAGUAUUGCCUUCUAAGGAAAUUAUCCAGAGAUGCCAGGUAAUGUAACGGCAAUGAGAUUUAUUUUUUAAAAAAUUCUGUUGUAUGUUUGUAUAACUAUGGGAUUUUUUAGGCCAUGACCGAUGUGUGGAGAAAAGAAGACAACUUUGUGGGGUCUACUUUUGUUCAACUUCAUAUGGCAAUCAAGAUGAGAUUACAGCCUUGCACAAGACAGACAUUUCCAACAGAGCUGUCUCAUUGAUGCUCAAAUAAAAUUAGUUAAAACAUUACAUCAGUAAAAUAUUGUCUUCUUUUUGGAUUGUAGAAAUAUUUUCAUUGAAGCAUAAUGAAAAACAGGAGAAAUUGAAUAAUAAAUCCUAUUUCCAAAUGAAGAUGA